UUAGAUGCAGAACCAUCAACAAGCAGCACGAUAAAUGCCAUUGAGCAGGUCCGUUCAAGACGACCAAUGAGUAGGAUGGAGGUUCCAUCUGAUAUUUCUUCGAAAGAUGAACAUCGUGAACAUGAGGAGAAGUGCGGCAAUAUUUCCCCAUCAUCAUCAUCAAUGAUAAGCUUUGAAUUGUCAAAUGGUGAUCCCUUUGGGUCCCAUGUUCCAGCCACAUUGGAAGAUGAUCAGUAUGUAGAAUAUCAACUAGAUGACCUUGCAGGUUUUCCAUCUACUGCAGAGGAGGAAGAAAGAAUGUUCAUGGAAGCAGUGAUGGAGUCACUGAAGGACCCUGGAAGUACGAAAUCCAAAUGCAGAACAACCAACAAGUAGUGUUAGUUCUGUGUAUGUAGCAGCUGUAGAGCCGUUUGAUAAAGAUGCUUCUU